AUGGAUACUUUAAUCACUCCCCUAUCGGAGCGUGCUGAGGAAUGGCGUAGGGGUUGUGCGUCCGGUGCACUAAGUCGCGAUCACGCGCGGGAGUGUAAGCGUGCACGGGCAGAGUUGCGUAGAAGAGUCCACGAUGCGCAGAGACAUGCUAGAAAAGCGCGAAGAGCACCACCAGACGCAAAACGACGCGCUGAUGUUUGUAUACAGGAUGUGCAAGAACGCAAGCAGCAGUUGGAAGAAAUGGAAGAGAAAGCUGUCAAAGCCGCGCUGGUCGAGGAACGAAGCCGCUUCUGUCACUUCGUGUCGCUGCUCAACCCUGUGGUGGAGUGUGAAGUGGCGAUGCUAGCGGAGGUGGGUCACCUGCAGGAAGGCAGCGAACAGCUCGUACGACACACAGCCGAACCAAGAACACUGCCUGCUGCAAGUCUACAGGUAAUAUGCGACAUAAAGUCGUGCUACAGCGGAUGGGCGGAGAGCGGUUCGGCGCCGCACUCGCCGUCAGCGUCCUCAAGGCUCGGCAGCAGAAAAUCCUCGCUCACAUCCAUAUCGUCCCUCAAUAGUCAGUGCAGCGAUCAGCAACACGGUGUUUCAGGUUCUACAGUGAGUUGUUCCACGCCGAUAUCGAACGCGUCAUCAGCUGGGACUUUGCCUGCCCCCGGGGGGGAUUCUUGCCUAUCACAGUCAGCGUUUCGCUUGGCGAGCGUAUGCAGCGCUGAUUCUGGUUUCCGCUCACAAGACGCGUUGCAACGACGCUCGCUCUACGUUGAUAAUGGUUCGGAUAAUCAGAGCGUUAGCAGCGAAUGUAUACACGCGACGAAGAACAUCGAAGACGACCACGCGGAGGAGUCCACACUAGACGGGUUGGGCAAUGCCGCGUCAGCAACAUGGCCCGAUUUGAAGGACACGGCGCAGUUCGAACGAGCUGCGUCCGCCAUCAUGAGCGGAAGACCGCAUACUAUCUCAGCAGCGUACGAGCGUGGUCACCCUCGCGCGGCGCUGAGUGCACACACGUUUCCCACUGCCGAAGACUCUCCACAACGAGAUAAUUCAAUAUCACGUCCACCGUUACCCACGAGAUGUUCAUCGCUGGAGAGGCCUUCGGUCCCGGCAAAGUCGGCUAACGCUAACACCGGCCAACAAGACUUCAAGACGACCAAGCCGUCGUCUUUGCCACCACAUCUUACCAAAGAUGCCGGCGGCGUUGUACGUGAACAUGUCGGAGCUGGCCACGCUGGCCGCCACGCGCGCGCAGCUGCACCACGCCGCCGCGGACCCGCCGCACCAGGAGAAGGUAAACAUGUACACAUCACACCAGUAGAGGACGCCCAAGGGGCCUGCAGCCCCAUCUUACUUAGCGAUCAUAACAACUUUAUAAUAAUGCACUCUGUCAACAACAACAUACCGUUAGAGGACGCUCUAGUGGUCUCUAGCCCAAUCUCACUCACUUAA